AUGCCAAUACCCAAACCAACCGCAUGCCACCAUGCUUUCCCUGCUUCCUCCCCCCUCUCCACCUGCGUCUCCUGCCGUAUUGCCUCCCGUCUGGCUUUCUCCCGCCAGAUCACUUCUGCCUCGGGGUUUUCCCCCUCUUUGUGCUCUCCCCGCCCCGCUGCUCUCGCCUCCGUGUCAUUCCCCAGUCAUAUUGGGCACAUAGCCAAAGCGGAGAGGGACCUGAAGGAGCAGUUGCGGUGGGUUGACGUGGUGAUUGAAGUGCGCGACGCCAGAAUACCGCUCGCCUCCACGCACCCGCAGCAGCAGCAGCUGCGGUGGGUGGACGUGGUGAUAGAGGUGCGCGACGCUAGAAUACCGCUCGCCACCACACACCCGCAGCUGGACGAGUGGAUAGGCGGCAAGCCCAAUGUGCUGGUGUUGAACCGCGAGGACAUGGUGACAGCGGGGGACAGAAAGGCGUGGGCAAAGUACUACGGAGGUUGGACUCCUUAUCCCAAUCCUCCUUUUUCUCCCAUCACCUGA